CGACGGGUGGCGGAUGGCUCCGCGCUGAGGCCGCUGCACUCCCUGCCCAGCAUGGCGUCGGCCUCCAAGCUGGAGGAGCUGGAGUUGACCCGCGAAGAAGUGGACCGUUUCUCGGCAGCGCUGAAAGAUGAGAAGUUUAGAAAAAUGCUGUCGGAAUACGCGGAGGAAAUCUCCAAACCGGAAAAUAAGAAAAAGUACGAAGAGGAGAUCACCCAGCUGGAGAAGGAAAGGGGAGUGGACGUGAAGUUCGUGCACCCCAUCCCGGGCCAUGUCCUGAAAACCAGCGUCAACGGUGACAAGAAAUGUUUCAUCAACGUCUGCAGCAACGAUCUGAUCAAUAAGCCCGUUUGCAAACCCAGGAAAGGCAACGACGGGGCACUGGGGCAGCAUUGGUCUCUGCCCUAUAGCCUCACGCCUGGGAGGGAGGAUCUGGGUGCAGGCGGCAAAAAGCACCUGAUUUAUGAUGUGGUGUUUCACCCGGACACUCUGUACAUGGCUGAAAGGAAUGAGAGGUUUAGAAAAAUGGUGGAUGAAAUUUCAUUGGACGCGAUAGAGAAGCAACUAAGUGCAAAGCUGGAUUUGAGAAACGUUAAGACUUUGAAACUAAAAUACAAGGGGAUGCCCCAUGCCACUGUUAUCCGCAAACCACUGCCUGGUGGCCCUAAGGAACUUCCAGAAGAAGACAGUCCUUUAAGGUUUCCUUAUCCCUACGAUCUUCCAAAAUCAGAAAAUGCCUCUCGAAGUGAUAUCAAGGAUCAAAGUACGGCUGAAAGAUCAAACGCUGCUGGGAAGGACAAAAAUAAGAAAAUGCAAGAGAACAAAUUUACCCAACCUAAAUACUCCAUUGUUUAUCGAUCAACUUUUGACAUGCAGGAUUAUCGAUAUGCCCGUGAUGCUGCCCCCAGCACCAGACCUAAAGAACUGGUAGUUACUAUCGACCUCCCUCUGCUUAAUUCUGCCGAGAAUGCUUGUUUGGAUGUAACCGAAAAGUUGUUAUGCUUAGAGUCGCAGAAACCAGCUUACAAGCUUGAUUUGACCCUGCCAUAUCCGGUAGAUGAAAAUCAGGGGUCAGCUAAAUUUAACAAAUCCAAGAGACAGCUUGUGGUUACGUUGCCUGUUGUUCCUGCAAAACAAGUCCCAGAAAUGGAAAAAUAUCACAGUUGUGAUUUUGAGCCAGAAGGGAAGGACAGUGAUUCCACGGAGAAUGACCAGUCACCACUGAAACCAGAAUUAUAUCAGUCUGAAGGAGAUUCCCAUCAGAAAAAUGGAGAAAGCAAUAUUGCUUGUAUAAAUUAUGAAGAUGGGCGUAAAGAUUCUAAUUGGGAGCAAUCUCAAACGAAUGAACACCUUGGACUCAGCCACAUUACAAAAUCUAUCUCAUCAGGUGUUAAAGUAACUACUUCGAUUUCAAGUAAUCAUUUUCUGAAACCGAGUGAUGUGAUUGUUUCUCCCCAAAUUGUUUCAGAAGUGGAUUCUGAAGGGCAGAAGAACCUCCCUGAGGAAAGUGCAGUAGCUUCUAAUGAUCAAAGUUUUCAUGGGUCUUUGGAAAAGCAGUGCAGUAGUACUAUAGAUGGACAAAUAAAUGAGCAUCCACAAGUAAAUUCAUCUGAAAAUACCAAAUUCUGCUCAGAAUACUCUUUAAAGGAAAAUGAACCUGUGUGUCCAGAUUUCCAUUACCAUCAGAAUGAAAGCACUGUUACAUUUAUACUAAAAGUGAGAAAUAUCAAUGAAAAUAGUUUGAAAUCUGUUAUUCAUACCCACGACUAUAACAUCAUGUUUGGGACAACAGACUCAGAUAUCUUGUAUUCCUUAAUUAUUCAGUUUCCUGCCGAACAUCAGCUGGAUACUAGAGAAAGCAUACUUAACAUAUCAAAAGACAAUGCAGCAGUAGUGUUAAUAAAGUUAGCUGAGAGUCGAGGCUUGUGGCAAAGCUUUUGCGCUGGACAUACACACAACUCAUUGCAGAAAAAGUUGUUUGUAACUUCAGAAAAUGCUGAUCAAUUCCUGAGUACUUCCUUGAAGGAUUCAGUCCCCGCUGACCCAGCUGAAAAGUGUUCAGCAGUGUUGAGAGUGUCAGAAGUCAGUGAAAGUGGCCUUGUCAUUUACUCAAAGUUUCAGCAACAAGAGAAGGAUGAAAUCAGCUCUCAUGCACAUGAUCUGAAUCACAAUGGAGCUUGCAGUACUCCAUCAAAUAUUCAGCAACACGGAGAAGAAAUCGGCUUUACUGAAUCUAUUGCAAGUGAUGAUAAAACAGAAAAGGAUAUAUCUUUGGUAGACAAUGGUGUGGAAUUUGUAUCUAGUCAGCAAGAUGAAUUGGGUAUCCUGUCAGGGAAUUCUGAUAAUUAUGUACAGUUACAUAGUUCAUCAGAAGGAACAGGAAUAAUUUUGAAGCCUGGGGUGGACCAGGUAUCUCACAGUAGCUGCAUGAAUCCCGUUGAUGGGAAUAAGCUUAUUAGUGAGAUUGAAAAUGAAAGUCAGUCAGUUACGCCAGCCUCAGACCUUGAUGUGCUACAGGCAGAGGAUCCAAUAUCUCUGAAUAAUGAGUCCUCGGCUAGUUCUGACUGUGCAAAAAGGGAGGAUGGUAAUAAUGAAACUCUUGAUGAAGAUGACCUUCCAACUGAUCAAAUGAAUGACAGUGAUUCAGAGUUUGUUAAACAAACAGCUCCAUUCCAAAUUCUGGAGGAAGUUAAUCCGGUUGAUAAAAGUAUGAAGGUUAUUUGUGACCAUACAACACAUUCUGCAUUCACCUUUCAGAAUACUGAACUAUAUCAACUGGAUUAAAGAAAUACUUAUUUUGUUUAUAAACACAACAUAAAUGUACAGUGUUAUUGUACAAUAAAAUGUAACAGUUUGUUUAGAAUUCUAUAGUAUGCGUGUUAUUUUAAAACUUAAAACUAGAAUGCAGUAUAGACUGAUUUCUUAAAUCACAUAUUUAUGAAACAAAAGAAGACCACUUUAACCCAUCCUGUCUGUGCCGGUCAAAAAAACCAAUUCCAUCUUCCAGCCCUUAAUGCAGGUCUGCAGGUCACAGCCCCUCUAAGCAAAAAAGCUUUCUUCAUUGCCUCUCAGAUCCUAUCAAAUGCCCCCUAGUUUUUAGAGUCAUACUGCAUGGAAACAAGCCCUUUGGCCCACCGACUCCACACCAUCAAGCGCCCAUUUACACUAAUCCCACAUUCCCAACAAUUCCUCCCAGAUUCUAUCUCCCACCAACACAUGAUUGGCAUUUUAUAAAGGGUAAUUAACCCACCAACCCACACAUCUGUGUAUGUGGAAGGAAGCCAGAGGGAAACCCAUGUGAUCACAGGGAGAACAUGCAAAUUCUACACAGACAGAACCAGAGGUCAGAAUUGAACCUGAGUCAUUGGAGCUGUAAGGCAGCAGCUCUACCAGCUGCAGCACUGUGCCUUUUGAAUCCUCUACUAAGGAAAAUAGCUCUUUCCUAUUUACUCUCAUAAUCUUAUACUUAAAUAUUCUCUCAGUUUAACCAGGUGAGUCCAGGACCAGAGGGCACAAUCUUAGAAUUAGAGGGUACAGUUUCAAAACAGAGAUGAGGAGAAAUUUCUUUAGCCAGAGGGUGGGGAAUUUGUGGAACUCCUUGCCACGUACAGCAGUGGAGGCCAGAUCAGUGGGGGGGCGUUCAAGGAGGAGAUAGAUAGAUAUCUAAAUAGUCAGGAUAUCAAGGGAUAUGGGGAUAAGGCUGGAAAUUGGGAUUAGAAUAGGUUUUUUUUUCCCAUUCCCCAUUUCUCAUUUCUUUUUUCCCUUUUCCUUGGAGCAGACUCGAUGGGCCGAAUGGCCUGCUUCUGCUCCCUUGUCUUGUGAUCUUGUGAACCUGUUCCAAGGAAAACAAUAUGAGCAUAUCCGUUCUUUCCCAUUACUAAAAUGUACCAGUCUUGGCAACGUCCUCAUAAAUCUCUGCUUCUUUUCCAAUGCAAUUAAGUUUUUCCUGUAAUGUGGUGAUCAGAACACAACACAGUAUCUAACUCGUGUGUCUUUCGUGUGUAACUUUCCUGCUCUUGUAUUCUAUGCCUGGUCUAAAAAAAGAAAGUGUCUUUAAACUUACUGACCUGUGUUGCUAUCUUUAUUUAUGAACAUACAUUCCAAGGUUCUCCACACCACACAAUAUCUUACUACAUACUUUGUAUCCCCUCACCUUGUUGCACUUCUGAAAUGCAUUACUUAACACUUCUCUGGAUUGAGUUUCAUUUGCCAUUUUUCUGUCCAACUCACCAAACUACCUUCCUGAAGCAUAAAGUUUUCACCUUCACCAAUUACCAGAAAGCUAAUUUUUAUAUCAUGUGCAGACUUUUUUUUAAUCAUGCCCCAUAUAUGUUUAAGUCUAUGUCAUUAAUAUAACAAGCAAGGGACUGAGUUUAUCCCAGUCAUUUCUCAUUCUUCCUCAACAAUAGAGGCAUAGAGUAAUACAGCAUGGAAACAGGCCCUUCAGCCUGACCAAGAUGCUCAUCUAAGCUUGUCCCAUUUGCCUGCAUUUGGCCCAUGUCCCUCUAAACCUUUCCUAUUCACGUACCUAUCUGGAAGUGUCUUUUAAAUGUUGUUAUUGUACCUGCCUCAACCACAUCCUCCGGCAGCUCAUUCCAUUACCACACCACCCUCUGCGUGAAGAAGUUGCCCCUCAGGUCCCUUUUAAAUCUUUCCCCUUUCACCUUAAACCUAUGCCCUCUAGUUAGCAUUGUCCCCUCAUGAAGAGGAAGGUAGU